AUGUCCUCCACCAGCACCAAAACCAGCACCAGCACCAAAUUCCCCAUCUCCAACCUCCCCCUGCCCCCGCCCUCCCACCUCCUCACACACAACCUCACCCCCGACCCACUCACCCCCUCCCCCGCGCACUUCCUCUCCUCCGUCCUGCGCACAACCCCAAGCAUCCAGCGCCGCGCACGCCUGCUCGCGCCCGACGCCCACUUCUCGUACGUCGCGCCCUGCCCGCUCCCGUUCCCGUUCGAAAUCGCCCCGCCCGAGCCGCCGGAGGUCGUCGAGGACAAGGCGGCGUACAUCGAGACGUGGCUUGCGCAGCGGGAGGCCGUGCACCCCGUGGCGGGCGCGGGGCAGCGGGGCGCGCUGCGCGUGUACGUUCCCUCCAACAAUCAAAAGGACGGGGAGUACCCGAGGGAGCUCGUCGGCCUGUCCGAGCGCUGCGUAAGUGACUGUCUGCCGCACCUCGACGUCGGCAAUGCGCUGCGCACGCUCGGCACGCCUGCGCUUGCGCCUGAUGUGGACGCGGACGCUGCGACGGCGCCAGGGGACUUAGACGCGAGCGCGCAGGAGCUCGUGGAUGUACUCGGCGGGCACGCGGUGCUCAUGAACGCCGACCCUCCCCCCGAAGGGCCAGGAUCGGAGACCGCGCCGACGCCGUUCGCGCCGUGGUCGCUCCGCUACAGCGGGCACCAGUUCGGGGUGUGGGCCGGGCAGCUGGGCGACGGGCGGGCGAUGUCAGUGCACGUCACGCCGCACCCCGCGGACCCGGACGUCACGUACGAGCUGCAGCUCAAGGGCGCGGGGCGCACGCCCUUCUCGCGGAGCGCGGACGGGCUCGCGGUGCUGCGCUCGUCUAUCCGCGAGUAUCUAUGCUCCGAAGCCAUGCACGCACUGCACAUCCCCACCACCCGCUCCCUCGCCCUCGUCUCCCUCCCCUCGCUCCCCGUACAGCGCGAACGCACCGAGAGCGCAUGCAUAUUCACGCGCGUCGCCCCCUCCUUCCUGCGCAUCGGCAACCUCGAGGCGUUCAACCCGCCCGCAGACAUGUUCUUCCUCGGCGGCGGGCAGCAGCCCGCGAACAUGGAGGGCCUGCGGCGCAUGGGCGAGUGGGUCGCGCGGCGCGUGUUGAGGCUUCCCGGCGUCGAUUGGGAGGGGGGCGGGCCGUGGGGUAAGGAGCUGGUUAUGGAGGUGGCGAGAAGGAACGCGCGGAUGGUGGCGGGCUGGCAGGCGUAUGGGUUUAUGCAUGGGGUUAUUAAUACUGACAAUGUGUCUGUCUUGGGGCUGACGAUCGACUAUGGUCCGUAUGCAUUCAUGGAUGUAUUUGAUUCGCACCACAUAUGCAACCACUCGGACGGCGAGGGCCGCUAUGCGUACCAGUACCAGCCCAACAUGAUCAUAUACGCCUGCCGCGCGCUGCUAACCGCGCUCUCCCCGCUCAUCGGCGCCGAACUCGAAACGUCCCGCGCCGUCUCGCAAGGGUGGGCCGACAACGCGUCCAGCGAGCAGAUCUCCGCAUGGCGCACGGCCGCACUCGACGCCGUCAAGGUCGAGAUGGAGACGGCGAUCCAGGAGAUCACGGGUGCGGAGUACGGGCGGAUCCUGCGGGCGCGCCUGGGGCUGCGCAGGCAGGAGGGGAGCGACCAGACGCAGCUGGUGCAGCCGCUGCUGAGCAUUAUGGAGUCGUGGAAGAUGGAUUUCCACGCGACGUUUCGUCGAUUAGCAUAUUUCCGGCCGGCGAUGGUGCGUGCGCGGGACACUGAUGGGAGCGGCGACGCGUUGGAGGGGUUUGUGAAGGAGCUGCUGGGCGGGGUGAGCGAGACGGGGCCGAUGUAUGACGCGGGGCGGGCGACGGAGGAGUGGCUGGUGUGGUUGGACAAGUACGCUCGGCGGAUCGAGAGCGAGCGGGACGAGUGGGCGAUUGGAGCGGGCUUGGACUCGGAGGGAGAGGUGGACGCGGCGCGGGAGAAGGCAGCGCGGUCGGCGAACCCGCGGUUCGUGCUGCGGCAGUGGGUGCUCGAGGAGGUGAUUAAAAAGGUGGAGGGGGACCACGAGAGCGGGAAGCGGAUAUUGGGCAAGGUGAUGCAGAUGGCGUGUAAUCCGUUCGAGGCAUGGGGAGCUGAGCGGGAGAGUGCGCCGACCAACGAACUGGACGCUGAGACUCGAGAGGAGAGAAGGCUGUGUGGUGUUGGGGAGAGGAAGAUGCUGGGGUUCCAGUGCAGCUGUUCGAGUUAG